UGCGCAGUGCGAGGCUCUAUUUCCACUAGCUUUGUCGGGUUGCUACAUGCUAACUAGCGAGCCUGUAUUUCCUGCCUGUGACUGGACACAGCUAUGGACGUCGACGCGUUAUCGGAGGCGUUUCAAGAUUUCGAGAAGACCGGCAAGAAAGAGACCUGCCCUGAACUAGAGCAGUUCUUGUGUCAUGUUGCAAAGACCGGCCAGCCGAUACUUGCAUUUCCGAUAUCUUCCAGGAUCUCGUGGUCACAGUUCAAAACAUACUUUGUGUUUAAGUUGGAAAAAGUCAUGGACGAUUUCCACGCAUCUACACCAGAACAGAGAGCGCGUCACAAUCCCAACGUGGACUAUGUCCCCUUUGAAGAGAUGAAGGCGAGGAUCUUGAAAAUAGUGGAUGGCUACAAUGGAAUCCCAUUCACCAUCCAGCGUCUAUGUGAACUCCUCACGGACCCCAAGCGCAACUAUACAGGAAUAGAUAAGUUUCUCAUGGGUUUAGAGAAGAAUGUAAUGGUGGUCAGCUGUGUGUGCCCCACAUCAGAGAAAAAUGGGGCAUCCAGUGUAAACAGAAUGAAUGGAGUGAUGUUCCCUGGUAACUCUUCUCUAUAUUCAGACAGACAAAAUGUAAACGGACCGGACACACCAAAACCGCUCAACCGACCGAGGUCGUCGUUGACGUCUUCCCUCUCCACAAACGGGCUCCCUGACUGUGCUGUUAGUAAAGAGCCAAUCACAGAGGAGGUGGAGGAGCACCGUAUCAGUCAUUCCCCGUCAGCAGAGGGUGAAAUUACACCAAACAGCGGGAUUAAGAACAAACACCCGGCGGAAGAAGAGGAGGAUUAUGAGACUGGCGAGCACGAGGUUAAGAGGCUCAAGUUUGAUGAUAAAGAAGAGGACGAAACGGAAAGUAAAGAGAAUGAGUCGUCCUGCGCAAAAGGGCCAGAGACACCGCAGACCUCCGAAGACUCUUGUGGUGAACGUUACAAAGGUGGAGCCUCUUGUGACACACGUCCUGCUGCAGAGGAUCAUGAGCUUAGUUGCACACGGACAGAAGCAUCUGGAAGGGAUGAGGACUUGUCUGAGACGGGGAACGUCCACACUGCGGAUGAGGACGAACCGCGUGCUCCAUCAGAGACGGGUACGAGCUUUGAGCAGGGGAAUGAGAAGAGCUCCCGCAGCAGAGAGGGAGAAGGUCUACCCGGCGACAAGCAGGCCCCACCUUCUGCUAGUGCACAUGACUUGACAGCAGAGGGCGACACUGACAGUUUGAACAGUGCAGAGAUUGCCAUAGAGCCUGGGGAACACGACUGUCCUGAAGGCCAGUCAGCAAACUGACUCUUCUUCUUCUUCUUCUUCUUCUUCUUCUCCUUUUUUACACUGUAUGAUACCAUAUAAUGGGAAUAUCUGUAGCACUGUGAACCUCUGGACGUCAGGACCAGGAGUGAACCUUGAAAUUCCUCACUCAAGGUCACACACCGCCUGGUCUAAACUGGAAGGAAAUGAUUUAAAGACUAAGGAGAUUCUUUCACUGUUGACUGUUUUUUUAAACCCACCCCGCAUAUUUUUAUAUGAACAUUAUAAUUUAACCUUUGUAACGGAAAUAUCCAAUAACUUCAUUAUUCUUAAGUCAUUUUGCAUGCAUUCUUAAAAGAUACAUAAGAAUGUGAGACACUUCUGUUUGCUUGUUCAAUGAUACAGCUUAAAAUGUAUUUCUUACUGACAUUAUAUUGCACAUGUGCGUUUAUCCCAUGAAGGACGUGGAAUAUGUCACAGCUUUGCUUUAUUUUGCUUUUAUUAAGCCCAAGUUAACACACGUUAGGGCCAGUAGUCCCCGUUUUGGUAAGAUAUUCAUCUUAGUUUGGCUUAUGGGAAGCCAUUUCUGCAUCAAAAUAUGUCAAGAACACAAGAUACCUUUACACUUUCUGUAUGUCAUACCUUAGUUGUACAAAUGUCCCUUUUUGAUAGCUUGGAUUUUUACAGUAAGCAUCUGUAAAUCAGUUUUUGUAGACUUGUAAUACAUGUCCACUGACCUGAUGAUAGCUGGACAUGGAAUGCUUGAACUUGUGUCAUGGUAUUUGUGGAAGGCAAUAAAUGCUACAAAUGUGUAAUAUUCUCAGUUAAUGUUAAGGGGAUGUGCUUUUCCCUUUUGUAUGUGUAGAGCUAUGAGGUCACACUCAAGUAUGGGUGGAUUCUUCCACCAGAUUUUACAACCUGGUAUUUAAAAUGUCUCCGGUACAAGAACGCUAGGUGCAGAUCUCAUAAUCGUGGUGAUAACCUCCAGUGAUACCCCAGGUGGCCUUGACACUUUUAAGCUAUGAUUAUGACUAUCCCUGUUGUCAGCACACAAAGGUAUUGCACCGGAACAAGCCGUUGCCUGUAAACAACGGCUACAGUUGUGUGACUCUUAUUCUGUUGAAAACACGCACUGCCCAAUACUCAAUUAAGGCCAAAAACCCUGCUAGAUGUUUCCACCCGUAUCCCAAAUUUCCCCUCUCGAUGCCUAAAUUGUAAUGUUCAUCAUUAGCGGAUUCAGCUACACCACAUUUAUUACAGGCUGCAGUCAGACUGCAGCGGGCGGGUAAACAGUAAUCAGGGGGGAGCCGUUAAAUAACAUGGUUUCUGAAGGUCACGGCGGUCGGGGAUAAGUGAGCGCUUGGCCCGUGUGAAUCAUCAGACCGCUCAGAAACUCCCAAAACCACUGAAGGGACUACAUCAGCAAUGCAGUAUUUCACUUACAUC